UCGUCGUGGAAAUUGGAAGCAAGUGGACGUACGCCAUGUCUAUCGCAUACAAACUUGGUGAUUUAGUUUGGGCUAAAAUGAAGGGGUUCAGCCCUUGGCCAGGCCGGGUUGCCAUCCCCACUCCUGAACUGAAACCCCUCAAGAAGGCUACCAACAUCCAGUGCAUUUUUUUCUUUGGGACUAAUAACUAUGCCUGGAUCGAAGAGCACAACAUCAAGCCGUACCACGAACACAAGGAGCAGCUGAUCAAGUCGUGCAAGACUGCUGCGUUCAAAGAGGCGGUCGCUCAGAUUGAAGAGUACAUUGAACACCCUGAGAAAUUCGGUGACUUGGACGAACACGUCCGUAAUACAGAGGAGGACUUUGAUAAAUUGAAGAGCGAAACUACAGAAGAUGAUACCUCUGAUGAAAAGCCGCCUGAGGAAGAAGCUGCCACACCCGAGGUGAAGAAAAAGAGCUCUACGCCCAAGAUUCGUUUGGGCAUUUCAAAGGUGAAGUCAGUGAAACGCUCGUCUUCCGCCGGCCUCAAGCAAACUCCGCGCAAGAAAGUGAAGACAAUCUCGCGCUCGUUCACCGACACCGACAUGGCCAACGAAAAGCCAUCCAUGCUGAACCACUCCUUCUCCAAGAAGUCGAGUCUCCUCCAUCGCCCUUCUAACAUUCUGAGGCCUGAAACCCCGCCUCUGGACCUGGAGAAUGUCUCGGAAACGUUGCUGGAGAAGAACAUCAAGGCCAGCCAGAUGAAGUUCGGCUUCCUCGGGCUGGGCAUCAUGGGCGGCGGCAUCGUGAAGAACCUGCUUAACUCCGGCCACAAGGUGUUGGUGUGGAACCGUACGGGAGCCAAGUGUAAAGACUUCGAAAAGGUUGGAGCCACGAUAGCGGUGACUCCUUGCGACGUUGUGGAGGAGGCGGAUAUCACAUUCUCCUGCGUGGCUGACCCGCAGGCUGCCAAGGAGAUGGUGUUCGGCAACUGUGGCGUGCUGCACUGCCCUUCGCUGGAGGGGAAAGGGUAUGUGGAGAUGACGUCAAUAGACGCUGACACCUCGCACGACAUCGUCGAGGCCAUCAGCGGAAAGGGUGGCAGAUAUCUUGAGGCACAGAUCCAAGGCUCGAAGACGCAGGCAGAAGAGGGUACGCUCAUCAUCCUAGCGGCGGGCGAUCGUACGCUGUUCGACGACUGCCAGUCGUGCUUCAAGGCGAUGAGCAAGAACUCCUUCUACCUUGGUAGCGAGAUCGGCAACGCGUCGAAGAUGAACUCUGUGCUACAAGUAGUGGGCGGGGUGUCUCUAGCGGCGUUGGCUGAGGGGCUGGCGUUGGCGGACCGCGCUGGGCUUAGCCAGGCCGACCUGUUGGACGUUUUAGCGUUGACGCCGCUCGCGUCCCCGCAUCUCAUACUGAAAGGACGAGCCAUGAUCGAGUCGUCUUAUUCCACUCACCAGCCACUCACCCACAUGCAGAAAGACCUCAAGCUGGCCCUCGGGCUGGGCGACGCCUUGGAACAGUCUCUGCCGCUGACCGCCACCACCAACGAGAUCUUCAAGCACGCCAAGCGCCUCGGUUACGCCAACCACGACGUCGCCGCAGUGUAUAUAAGAGCAAGAUUCUAGCAUACUUCUAAACGUGUUACUUAGAGUUUUGAUAAUGGGGCACAUACGGAUACAAAUCUUCCGAUAAAAAUCUACAGAGACCUUCUUAUUUGCAGUUUGUUAAAGGAAUGACAGCUUGGCUUGAACUGAUAAAAUGAUCAGUGUUGACUCUGAAAAAUUGGCUAAUUUAAACGUUGAAGAAUUGGUUAGACUUAACGUUGAAAAAUUUACCAAUUUAAACCUAAAAAAUUCGUUCACUUUAAUCCUGACAAGUGGCCAGUUUUAGGCACGGCCGAUGUCUUGGGCGCCGACCAACGUCCUGAUUCUAUAUUAUUACAAUCAUAAUACACUCGUGUGAUAUAAAAACUUACAAUGCUUGUACGACAAGAUGCCAAAAUGAACAUGUUUAAAAUGCAUUUCGUCAACUUUCUAUCUCAAAUUUGUUACUCGCGUGUUAUAAUUAAUAAUGCCAUGGUAAAUAUUAGGGCUUAAGUCAGCUCCAAGACUCGUUGGCCAACUCUGCUCCUUACAAUGUUGGUCAGUCCUAACACCAACAUAUUGGUCGGGUCCGCUCCUAUCACCAAUGAGCUGACUUUAAUUGACAUAUAACUGACUCGGUCGGUUUAUUGGAUAGCGAUUGGAGGUUCUUUUUUUCCUG